GUCAGUCAAUCGACUGCUGGUCUCCUCAAAGGCAGAGCAAGAACUGGCCAGAGAAUCAGAGAGGUGUUUUAGAAACAGCCAAUAUAGUUAACCCAGAACAGGAGUGAAGAAGAGAAGACUGGAUUUAACCCAGAACAGGAGUGAAGAAGAGAAGACUGGAUUUAACCCAGAACAGGAGUGAAGAAGAGAAGACUGGAUUUAACCCAAAACAGGAGAGAAGAGAAGAAGACUGGAUUUAACCCAGAACAGGAGAGAAGAGAAGACUGGAUUUAAUCCAGAACAGGAGUGAAAAGAAGACUGGAUUUAACCCAGAACAGGAGUGAAGAGAAGACUGGAUUUAACCCAGAAUAGGAGUGAAGAGAAGACUGGAUUUAACCCAGAACAGGAGCGAAGAGAAGACUGGAUUUAACCCAGAACAGGAGUGAAGAGAAGACUGGAUUUAACCCAGAACAGGAGUGAAGAGUAGACUGGAUUUAACCCAGAACCCAACAGAACAGAACAUUUCCAUGGAUUAAUACUGUCAUUAUUACUAGAAAGGGUGAUGCUGGAUGCUAACAUUAGCACUGGUGCUAAAUCUCCAACCGGAGGUCAACCAGAUAUGACCUCUAGAAGGGGCAUCAAGCCCCCUUCUCUCCCCCAGGCAAUCUCAGUUCACUCUGGGCCUGAGCUCAGGGUGUACUGCCCCGGAUCUAACCACAAUCCUAGCAUUCUUCGGAAGCAGCGCUCCCUCACCAACCUGUGUGUUCUGACUGACACAGAGAAGAAGUUUCACUUGUACCAAGCCCCCUCCUGGACAGAUGACAUGGAUCGGCCCACAACAGGCAUCAGUAAGAAGGGCCGUUUUAACAAAGGCCGGGUGGGAAUGGGAGAACAGGGGAAAGCUUCUCUGACCCGUAGCCUGUCCAAAUCAGAACAGUCUUUGUUCCACAGAAGCAAACCCCUCUCCCCUUCUGCCAUGGCCUGUGUCCCUAAGCCCGGCAUAAAGCCCAGCCGAAUCCCCAGGGGGCCCUCCACAGAAGGCAAAGGCAAGGCCCCUAAGGAAGGCAACUGCAAUCAGAAGGCCCCUUUGGUGGAGAACAUCCUUCAGGACCAAGAUAAGAGGAACAGUACUGGGGCUAGUGACGGGAGGGCAGGAGAGAGGAGUAGUUGGACAUCGCAGUCAGUGGAGGAGAGGAGAAAGAGGAACGAGGGAGAUGUUGAAGAACAGGAGAAAGGUUUUCUGAAGGUGGAUCCUGAGCUGGUGGUGACUGUGUUAGGAGAUCUGGAACAACUGCUCUUCAACCACAUGCUAGACCCAGAGACCCAGCGGAAGAGGACUGUUCAGAAUGUUUUGGAUCUCAGGCAAAACCUGGAGGAUACAAUGAGCUGCCUGAGGGGGGACACACUAAGACACAGAUGCCUUAAUGGGGGCGUGUCCUACGACAGUGACGAUGUCACCACCUACUCUGUCUCCAGCCAGUCAGAUCACUUCUCUCCAUUGUCCUGGCGACAGGGCCAAGCCAGCCCCCGUUUACAGGCAGGCGAUGCUCCCUCCACAGUCCACACACAAUCACAUGACCACACCCAUCUAGGCCAUUUCCACGGCAUCCAACUCCUUGAGGAAUUGGAUGAUGCUGAUCCCUCCCACCUAAAGAGUGGUUACCUUAGCAACACCGACCUGGGAGGAAACAGCACUGAAGAUGAUCCGGUCAAUGGCUGGGAUGAGAGCAGCUCUAUCAGCAGUGGUUUGAGUGACGGGUCUGACAACCUAUCAUCUGAGGAGUUCAAUGUUAGCCCCACUCUCAACUCACUUCCCACCACUCUAGUUGGCCCACGCAGAAACUCUACUAUAGUUCUACGAACAGAUACAGAGAAACGGUUGGAGAGCAGUCUGUCAUGGGACAGUGAUGAUGUCAGCUCUUCUGUCACCAAGUCUCCAAGCCAAAGCUAUGACACAAAUAGCCUGAAGACCCGCCCACAGGGGGAGGGGUUGGAACCAAGGGGCCAACUGAAGAAGCCCCACACACUCAGGCCAUCAAAUGGGGCAUUGAAGAAGAGGCGUAAUCUUCCUGUUGGAAUCUCCUCCCCCGUCACUCACGUUUCAACACGUGGGCUGAAAGUGACAGGCGUACCGUCAGAUAAGUACGAGUUAGCGGUGCGGUCUUCUGGUCUGCAGAGGUCGUGUUCUGACGCUGGUAAUGGUAAAGAACACAAGGGCGGAGCCAGCGAUCCAUGUAAACCUCCCUUAGGUGUUGCGCGCUCAGCCCAGCCUCCAACCACACCCAGCCAGACUCGUCCAUCAUCUGCUACACCCUCUACCGGAAGCUUUGGCUACAGGAAGCCUGGUGUCUCUAUGGCCAGUGGAUCACGCAGUUCAACCAGCAUGGUGACACCGUCUGGGGGAGUGGCAAUCUCCAGCGGAAAAACCUGCAAGUCUUCCAGUAUACCUGUUAAACCAUCGGUGGUCGGGGUCAAUGUUGGGAGGAAGACCAGUCUGGACGUUACAAGAACUGAUCACACCAGCUUCACUUCCCCCAAUGCUAGAAACAAUGUGCAGUACCGUUCCCUCCCCCGGCCAGCUAAGACCACCCUGAGCACACCUGGAGGUCGACCCGUCAGCAGCAUUAUAGACAACAGCAGAUCUGGCAACCCCAGUCCAACACAGCAGUACUGCCUCAAACCUAGCAACCCCAGUCCAACACAGCAGUACUGCCUCAAACCUAGCAACCCCAGUCCAACACAGCAGGGCUCCAGGAUGAAAGAGCCAGGGUCAGGGCUUGGGAUGGGAGGGUUGGGGAAGGCAGGGAGGCAUGGUGGGAUACCUAGCUCCAGUCCCAGCCUACUCCCCAGUCCCAGCUCCCGUUCCAACUCCAUUGGAGUCAACCAGACGGAUCGGGAGAAAGAAAGAGCCAAAGCUAUAGCUGGAAAAAUAGGAGGGAUGGAUGGAGAGGCUCUAUGGACCCGGGAGGAAAGGGCCAGGGUGGAGGCAGCAGAGCUAGAGUCAGAAUGUGUGAAGGCUGGUCCUCCUCAGAAGACCGCAGAGGAGAAGGGAGGACAGAUGAUUGGACUGAGGACUGGGGGGAGGGCCUGUGAGCUGCCCUCCCCUAAAACACACAGAAUGUCAGGUGUUAGGACCCUGGGGAAACCUUCCUCUACACCUCUUCAGGACAGUCUGACCUCCUUCCCCAACAUGAACUCUAACCCCAAUCUGACCUCUUACCCUAACCUGACUUCUAACCCAGAUGGUCUAGAGCCCCAGGCCCCCUUUUCUCUUAGUGUGCCCCCCUAUUCCUCCACCCCCACCCUGACUCCCAGCCCGGCGCCCCUUCUCAACGUCAACUCAUCGGCCUGUUUCUCCAGCUCUGCAUUAGGGGGUACAGGUGGUCCUGGGGUACUGGGGCAGAGGCAGGGGUCAGUGAUAGGGGUAGAGUCGGGUGGAUCACCACUGAUCUACCCUCGCCUCUCGGGACUGCAUCGGAGCAUGGAGUCCCUGCCCCUCCAGAUGAGCCUGGCUCCAGAGACUCCCAGCGACACAGAGGGAGCCGCAUACCCAGGAACAGAGCCCAGAGACCAGGACGGACAGCAGGACAAAGGUCCUGAUGGCUGGAGCUCUGGGAGUACAGCCCCUUUCACACUCAUAGACAGUUGCAGUGGUCCAUCUCAGACAGUUGAGAGAAGAGAGGAAAGGAGACACUCUCACACCAUCAUGACUCCCCCUGCUCUGUUGCCCUCCCCCUCCUCCCUUCCGCGCACCAAGACAAAUACAGUACCGCCACCCCUCUAUGCCGCCCCACCCAGGAUGACCAGGUCAAACAGCAUUCCUAUCCAUGAUGCAUCUCUGGAGCUGUACAGAGCAACCACAUUGGGCAGCUGUCUGUCGCUGUCUGACCGCCCCCGCAGUCUGGGAAUGGUUCGGUCCGGUUCCUUCAGAGAGAGCCAUUCCAUUGACGAGGUCCAUGGUUCAGCCCUCUCUCUAGCCUCAGACUCUUCCUCAACAUACUCCUCGGUGAGUGUCCCUGGCAUGCAGUAUCAGGCUGAGGAAAGGAUCCAGGGAGAGCAAAUCCGGAAGCUGAGAAGAGAGCUGGCAUCAUCACAAGAGAAGGUGGCUAACCUGACCACCCAGCUAUCUGCUAAUGCCAACCUUGUGGCUGCCUUUGAACAGAGUCUUGCCCUGAUGACCACACGUCUACAGAGUCUGUCAGUCAGCCAGGAGCAGAAGGACUCUGAGUUGCUGGCAAUGAAGGAGACUAUUGAUGCUCUAAAGACCAAGAACGAAGAAGCUCAGGCUGUGAUCCAUGUAGCACUCAACAACCCAGACACUGCCCCUAGUGAUCUGCAUAUGCAUCGUCAGAACUCCUGUGAGAGUCUCUCCAGUCUCUCCAGCCUGGGGUCGCUGUCUAUGAAAGACCAGGACAGCAAGAAGAAGAAGAAGAAGAACUGGCUGAGAACUUCCUUCAGUAAGGCGUUUAAAAAGGGUUCUAAGUCUGGAACUUUGUACUCUGACAUCGAAGAGAUCUCCACCCCCAACUCCUCUACUCCCUCCUCCCCCAAACUGCCCCAUAAUGGAGGGGAGGGGGCAAACACACUUCUUUCCCAGAAAACCUCUCUCUCUGCAGCCUCCUCUGUGAUCUUUGAGGGGGAGGAGCCUGAUGGUGAGGAGCGUGUUGUUUCGGAGCUUCGCUCGGAACUCUGGGAGAAAGAGAUGAAGCUGACAGACAUCCGAUUGGAGGCUCUAAACUCUGCCCAUCAGCUGGAACAGCUUAGAGAUGCCAUGAAUAACAUGCAGUCAACAGUGGAGAACCUGAAAGCAGAGAAUGACAAGUUGAAAGGAAGCCCUGCCCCUGUCCCCUCCUCCAGACCGCCUACUUCUACUUCACAGCCCUCCGGGUUGGCUGGCCUGCUCGGGGCAUCACCAAGACAGCCAGUCAGCAUGUCUCUCACUAACUCCAUCAGCCUCAAUGACUGUGACAUAGAUCGCUUUCCUGUGGAUGUGAGGAUCGUCUCCUUUUUGCAUGAAGAGGUUUGCAUGUCUAGUAGUGAAGAGGCAUUAGUGAGUGUGUUGGUGCACAUCGAAGACCACUCUGUCCCUGAGGAUAAACAUCCUCAACAGGAUCUCCACUACCUGGGUAGUGUUCAGCUGUCUGGAAGGACUGGCUGGUUGGAACUGGACACUCUUGUCAACAACACCUUCAUGGACUACAUUUCUCAAGUGGACCCCACUGCCAGUCUGGGAUUGUCGAUUGAUUCUCUGCACAGCUACCAGCUGCCUUUAGGGGGACAGAGAGUUUUGGGCGGAGAUGUGCCCCAAAUCCUUCCUUCUUGUUGUCUUGGUAAUGGCCCCGCUCGCAUCAUUGUUACCCUGAAAGGUCUCAAGGAGCAGAGUGUGGACUCAUUAGUUUUUGACUUGUUGAUCCCUAAACCCAUGAUGCAGCAUUACAUCAGUCUACUGUUAAAGCAUCGCCGACUAGUUCUGUCGGGACCCAGCGGUACCGGGAAAUCACACUUGGCAACCCGCCUGGCACGAUACCUGCUGCUGAAUCACAACCUCUCACCUCCCCACGACCUCUCUCUCCGAGGGCAGAGAGAGGUUGUCACAUUCAACAUGCACCACCAGUCGCACAAGGAGCUCCAGCUCUACCUUUCAGAUGUGGCCACUCAAAUAGAGCACCAGAUUGGUGGCAAGCUGCCACUGGUAGUUAUUCUGGAUGACAUCAGUGAUGCCGCGUCUGUCAGUGAGCUGGUUAAUGGAGCACUAACCUGCAAAUACCACCACUGUCCCUACAUCAUUGGAACCACCAACCAGCCGGUUAAGAUGUCACCUAACCAUGGACUACACCUUAGCUUCAGGAUUGUGACAUUUAGUAACAAUGUAGAACCAGCUAACGGCUUCCUGGUGAGGUAUCUCCACCGCAAGGCUGUGGAGGCACAACCCCACCAACCACACCCACCAUCACCACAACAGAAGGAGAUGGAGAGGCAAGUUCUGCUGAGGGUGUUGGACUGGGUUCCUCAGCUCUGGUACCAUCUCCACACUUUCCUGGAGAAACAUGGAACAUCUGACUUCCUGAUUGGUCCCUGCUUCUUCCUGUCCUGCCCAGUAACCAUUGCAGAGUUCCGACCUUGGUUCAUCGACCUGUGGAACCAUUCGAUCAUCCCGUAUCUCCAGGAGGGUGCCAGAGAUGGACUGAAGGUUCAUGGUUUGAAAGCUGCGUGGGAGGAUCCAGUUGAAUGGGUCAGAGGAAGCCUGCCAUGGCCCGAUGCCCAGGAGGACCAGGCCCAACUGUUCCACCUGCCUCCACCUAACCCCACCCUCUCUUGGGUCAACACAGCCCCAACUAGCCCAAACCCUGGCCUCAAUGGAAGACAGCUUGAAGACAGUCCUCUACCGUGUCCAGUGCACACUGACCCACUGGUGAGAGACGGAGAGGAUGGCCAUGCUGCUGAAGCUUCAGGAGUCAGCCAACUGCAUAGAGUCCCCAGAACAGGACUUAGCCCCAUCCAUGCUUCAUUAACAUAGCCGUUCCUGCAGACUACAAUCUGAUGCUAACAUAAUGCUGUCCUAACGUAGCCUAGCCUCUAGGCUAGCAACAUGCUACCCUAACAUAGACUUGUCUCCAGUACACACUAUUUUGCACAGCCUGUUAAUCAUCUUUGGCUACAAUCCAAAUGAGCUGUUAUUUUACCAGAGUUUGAAGUUGAGCAUCAUGGAAGGAUCUACUGACAAUGCUCACUUAGCACUCUGAUGUGAUGUACAGUGCUUAAAUACAGACUCAAUGCUAACCUAGCAUGUUGAUGGCCAGCGCUAAGCUAUAGACUCAAUGCUAACCUAGCAUGUUGAUGGCCAGCGCUAAGCUAUAGACUCAAUGCUAACCUAGCAUGUUGAUGGACAGCGCUAAGCUAUAGACUCAAUGCUAACCUAGCAUGUUGAUGGACAGCGCCAAGCUACAGACUCAAUUCUAAACAUAAAUUGAACUAAAACCAUCCUAAAGCAUCCCAAUGGACUAAUGUACUGUUUAACCCCUGAACCCUUCCCUGCUAUAUAAUGUACUUUGUAGAGGGAUCGAGACAUCUCUGCAUGGCAACAGAAAGAUGAUAAUGAUGUUCUACUCUCCCUCCAUCACAUCCCAGUCAAACUGCCAACUAGUAUUUCAAGUAAUUGAUUCUCCCAGUGUUUGAAGGAGACAAAGGGGUACCCUACCAUUACCAAUGUCUCUACACUGCAGUCAAAUUAAUGCACUUUAUUUUCUAUUGGUCUGAUGGUCUGAAUGAUGUUUCAUGGCCUGUGAGUGUUUCACAGCGGAUGCAGUUCAGCAGUUAGUCCUGAUGUGGGUGCUGUUCUACUGCUUAGCCUUUAGCUCUGCUGGAGCAGUUUGAAGUAGUGAUGGCGAAAUGAGGCUUCAUUAACGUUAUUUUAGCAGCAGGAUAUUAUGCUGGCAGCACUCAAAUUUUCUUUUUCUAAAUAAAAGCCAUCAUUGAAAUUU